GAGCAGCAUGCAAGUGCGGGUUUUUUUUCUUGAUUUGUUGUCGGGGGGUAAAGUUGGUGGAUUCGUGUCGAUAGUGGGGGGCAGAUACCAAAUCAAAGGGUCUUUGUUUAAAGAAUUGCGGUAUGGGCUGGUUGAAAGAUUCUUGUCCUUGACUGUUUUAUUCUAAUCUAAUCGAUAUAAAUAAACCUUAUAAUCUGAUGCUGCCUCUGUGCAAUUUCGUCAGUUGUUAGAGGGAGCAACCAAAUCAGCAGCCUUACCCUUGUUUAGUAAUAGGAGUUGUAGGAGUGAAUAGAAAAUUUGCAGGUGCAUAUCGUGUCCUAAUCUAGUUGUGAUGAUUUUAUUAUGUAUUGAUUGAAUGGCAUCAAGCAAAAAAAUGAUGGGUGGAUUUUCGUGAUUGUGCCCAAUAAUGCUUGGCGUGGAUCGCGCGCUUGACGAUGCAAACGGAACCGAAAUAUAAUCAUAGUUGUAACUACUGAUGGAAUAUUGGUGGAAAUGGGUAGGUGGAUCCUUGUUACUAUGGUGUAGGGUUGCUAUGCUUUUGUUAGCUUUCAUUGGCCUUAUGCAUUAGUAGCUUAAGAACACAUCGUGCCGCCUCAAGUUUUGUCAGGGAAGAAAGGUUUCAGGUAAUCCACAAACAUGAUUGCUGCCUUUGUGAGGCCGGUAACUAUUGGUCCAGUGGCAGUGUGUUUUGUGCCCUCUACAAUUUUAUUUUAUGCAUCCCCACAUUAGAUAGUUGAUCAUGUUUAUGUUGUCAUCAAACGCAUUUACGUUUGCAGGAAAGUAGCUUCUACCACCCUACAAAAUCGCGUCGUUUGCGGAAAUGGGGGGCGUGAUUGGGCGGGGUGAUUCCCCUAGGCACAGUUCACCAGCAUCAAAGUUAGAGAAAAAGAUGGUUGAAGCCAUGCAGCAGAGGGCACAGCAAGGAACUUCUGUGAAAUCAUUCAACAGUGUUAUCAUGAAAUUCCCAAAAAUUGAUGAGAGUUUGAGAAACUGCAGAACUAUCUUUCAGCAGUUUGAUGAAGAUUCCAACGGUGAAAUAGAUCAAGAAGAACUGAAGCAUUGUUUCCAAAAGUUGGGCAUCGCAUUCACAGAUGAGGAGAUAAAAGACCUGUUUCAGGCAUGUGACAUUUAUGAGCACAUGGGCAUGAAAUUCAAUGAGUUCAUUGUCUUCCUGUGCCUUGUUUAUCUUCUGAAUGAUCCACUUGUGUCAGAAGCAAGAAAGAGAAUGGGAUUAGGUAACCUUGAACCAACUUUUGAGACAUUGGUUGAUUCAUUUGUCUUCUUGGACAAAAACAAAGAUGGGUAUGUCAGUAAGAAUGAGAUGAUACAAGCAAUCAAUGAAACCAUCGGAGGAGAACGCUCUUCUGGGCGCAUAGGCAUGAAAAGAUUUGAGGAAAUGGAUUGGGACAAGAAUGGAACUGUGACCUUCAAGGAGUUCCUCUUCGCUUUUACUCGCUGGGUGGGGAUUGAUGAGAACGAAGAUGAUGAUGAGGACGAUGAGUGAGUGUAAAUGAGGAUUUACUCAUUCUGAAUUAGGCCAAGUCAGCACCCAGGAGUACUCAAGCAGUCCUAUUGUGGCUUGGAGUAACUAAAUGACAAGUCGAAGAUUAGUUCAUGUUCAUUGGUAUCAUGGCUUUUUAUGUUUUUGUUAAUAUAAAGAUGAACCCAAGUUAUUUCUAGUUGUGGCGAAAGCUUAGUGAUAUAAAGCUGCUUUGGUGAUAUGGCAUUUGACCGUAGGUAACUCUGUCAUUCAAAAAUUUGUAAGCUCAGAUGUUUCAGUGAUAAAAGAAAAUUGUAUAGGGUGAGGAAGUGUUGUUCUUUUGUUUGAAAUUAAAUGCUUGUUCUUGUAUAUCCCCAUUUGUUUCAAAUAUAGGUCCAUCGAUUUGUAUGUCAUCUGC